ACUGGUCCGGACGAGUCUGACACGCGAGGCUGCGCGGAACAAACACAAAACAGUCGCACGUCGCAUGCAGCACCGCAUGGCCAGGCAUCGUCCAAUACAGGCGCCACGCUCGCGCUCUGCUUCGAUUUAGCCGCGCAAACAAACGAACGCUGCCAUCCGAGUUUUAUUAACAAAAAUAACAAUCGAUAGGGACAAAUUAGUGUCAUCUAAUCUGACCGGAAAUUUUGACGAAUGUGUAUUCACCCCGACCGUGAAGAAUAUUAGUUGUGCUUCGUUCUUAUAGCUAGGAGAAAAUAGUAUUGAACAAAUAUUGAACGAUGGCCGAGGCUAUUGAACCGAAGUCUAUUGAGAGCGGCGUAAUUAUUCGACUAGGGCUCAAAAAUUUCGUCACUUAUGACGAGGUAGUUGUGAAGCCUGGCAGAAAUCUUAACCUUAUUAUUGGUGCCAAUGGCACUGGAAAAUCAACAAUAGUAAUGGCUAUUGUUUUGGGUUUGGGAGGAAGCCCCAAAGUUAUCGGCCGCCAAAAUAACAUAUCUGAAUUUGUCAAAGCUGGUGAAAAAAAUGCCACAAUUGAAAUAGAUCUCCAACUCGAUGCAAAUAGACAUAUAACUGUCAAACGCUGCUUCGAUGAUACGGGACACUCGCAAUGGUUUGUUAAUAAUCAAAGCGCUACUGCCAAGAAGAUUAAUGAAUUGAUGAAAAGCCUAAACAUUCAGGUUGACAAUCUUUGUCAAUUUUUACCCCAAGAUAAAGUUCAACAUUUUUCUGAAUUGACGCCAGCUAAACUUUUGACUGAAACUGAAAGGUCUGUUGGGGAUCCAAAACUUAUAGAAUAUCACACAAAAUUGAAUUCAUUGAGGGAAGAGCAAGUUGAAUUAGAGAAAAACCUAGAAGGCAAAACUAAACUUCAUCACAAUGAUGAAAAAUUAUACAGUAGUUUGAAAGACUCCAUUGGACAAAUUACUGAAAGGCAAAAAUUGGCAAAAAAAUUAUCAAGUUUGAAACAGAAAAAGGCAUGGAUGCAAUAUCAGCAUGAACGAGACAAAUUUAAAGACGCCAAAGAAGGUAUGAAACAGGCUUUAGAAAAGAAAAAUGAAAUUAAACGACAACUAGAGCCAAUGGAACAAGAAAUUUCCAGAAUAAAAAAUAAUGUUCACGAAUAUGAUAGAGUUUUCAAACAACACCAAACUGAAGUUUCACAUAAAACAAACCAAUUAAGUCAAUUUAUAAAUGAAAUUGAGAAGAAUGAAAGAAAAAUUACUGAUCUAACGAAUCAAUGCGAUAAUGAUAUUAGGCAAGAAGAACAACGAGAUCAGCAACUUGAUGAAAUGAAACAGCAACUAAAUAAAAUGGAAAAUGACUUGUCACAUUUGGUUGAAAAUGUUGGAACUGCUGAAAGCUUAAGAGCCGAAUUCGAAAAAAUUACUCCUAGAAUGUCAAGUUUAAGAAAUAAGAUUAAUGAAUUCAAUGCUCAACAGCAAUUCAAGAGGGAAAAAAUAGAUCACUUAAAUCGAAAAAUACACGGGGAAGAACAAUAUUUGAAAGAAAUUCAAGAUAUUGAAAAUAAAAGACUUCAAAGACUUCGUUCAAUAAGCCAAGAUGCAUACAAAGGAGUUAUAUGGUUGAGAGAAAAUAAGCACUUGUUUUCAAGAACCGUUCAUGAACCUAUGAUACUUCAGAUAAAUUUAAAAGAUCCUGGUUAUUCCAAGUAUUUUGAAAAUAUUAUUUCCUCCCGGGAUUUGACUGCUUUCAUAUGUGAAGAUAAAAAUGAUCUGAACAAGCUGCUGCACUGUCUUCGAGAUCAGCAAAAAUUAGUAAUAAAUGCUGUUCAUAUUGAUCCUGAAAAAAGAGUCAAUUUUGAUCCAAGAAUACCACUUUAUCAUCUUCAAAGAUACGGUUUUGAAAAUUAUUUAAUAGAUCUUAUUGAAGCUCCAGAAAUAAUUUUGAAGUUUUUAGUUAUUUACUACUCUAUAAACCAGAUUCCUAUUGGAUCAGAACAAGUUGCAAUGAACAUAGAUCAAAUACCAGAUGAAAUAAGGAGAUACUUUACACCUUCUAAUUCGUAUUCAAUAAAUAAAUCCAAAUACACUGGAGAUAGAAGUACAAGACAAGCUGCAAUUUUUUCUCAAAAUAUUUUGUCAAUCACAGUAGAUCACGAAAAAAUGAAAUAUCAUAAAUCUCAGAUACAAACAUUUCAGGAACAGAAACAAUCCCUAAUGAUAGAAUUAGAAUCUUUCGAUGGAAAUAUUUCUGAAGUGCAUAGAGAAAUAAAUGAGUUAAAAGAUGCUCGAAAUAUAAUUCAGGCAAAUAUGAACAAAUUAAGUGAUAUUGAAAGAAGGAUAAAUGUGCAACGUAAUAGAAUACGUACUGAUGAAAGUGAUAGAAAAAGUGUUGACGAAAUUAAAGCUUUCUACAAUGGAAAAAUUAGAGAUGAAUUGAAGAAACAACUCACAGUCUAUAGGCAGUAUAAUAAAUUGGUAGAUGAUUGUUAUAAAACGUUUCUUAUUAGUGAAGAAUUGAAACUUCAACUAAGGGUUACUAAAAACUUAUUGGCUAAUAAAAAUAACGAAGUUUCUGACUUGCGAGAGUCUCAUAAAGCCGCGGAAGACAAUUAUAAAAUACUAGAACGUGAAUGUAAACCAAUAAAAGAGGAAGUAGCACGUUUAUUCAAAGUUGCAAAAGACAGUACUGACGGAUUGGCAUAUGGCGAUGAAAACUUUGAGCCCAUUAAAAGAGUUUUUGCCAGACUUCCAGGUACUCUACCUGAGAUUUUUCAAGAAAUUGAUACUACUCAGGCACAACUUUAUUGCAUAGCUAAUGCACAUGAUGCUGAUAAGAUAAUGACCAGAUUUAGAAAUAUAAAGAAUAAUUUAAAAAUAUUGCAACAACAAAUUCAAGAGUAUGAGAACAAUUUGGCGAGAGUAACCCAAGAAAUUGAACAAAUAAAAGAGCGCUGGCUUCCUAUGCUUAUAACACUCGUAGAUAGAAUUAAUGCUAAUUUCAGCGCUUAUUUUAAACGAAUGAAGUGUGCUGGCGAAGUUUCAUUAUCAAUACCAGAAAACGAUAUGGAUUUCGAAAGAUACGGUCUUAAAAUAAGAAUUAAAUUCAGAGACGCUGAUGAACUACAAACAUUGACUAGGACUCAUCAAAGUGGCGGAGAGCGUACUGUUACUACUGCUAUUUAUAUGCUGGCACUGCAAGAGCUGACAAGAGUUCCAUUCCGUUGUGUUGAUGAAAUCAAUCAGGGAAUGGAUGCCGCAAAUGAGCGCAGAGUUUUUGAAAUGAUGGUUCAGAAUACUACUAGAGCUACGAGCGCUCAAUAUUUUUUGUUGACUCCAAAGUUAUUACCUGGUUUGAAGUACAACGAUUCAGUGACAGUUUUAACAGUAUUCAAUGGAAAAUAUAUGAUUCCUUCGUCAGAAUAUAACAUUGGCGACGAAUUUGAGAAUAUCGUAGAAACUGUCUCGAGAAAACGGCGACGUGAAUCUGAAUCCGAUUAAUAUUAUCCGAUUAAUAAUAAUCUUAAAGCAUGUUUACUAAGUUAAAGUUCAAUGUUUAUUUUAUUGAAACAAGUUAUACGGUUACGAUUUAUAAGAUAUUAAAUACUUAAGAGUUAGUUGUUACGUUUUCGUGAACAUCAGUUUUUACUUGUCUAACCAAGUAAUUGUAUUUCGUAUUUGCAUUAAAAAUAAAAAUUUUAAUAUUUUUAUGAAAAA